AUGAACACUAACAGUAUAUCCCCACGUCGUCCGGCUGGUCCAGUGCGACAACACUCUCUGCACCAACCAGUGAUCCGUCGACCUCAACAACAAAUCCGACGACAAAGAUCAACCGAUGACGAAAAAAGUCAGCAACAAUCACGAGUCAGGUUCACAAAUAGUAUGUCCACCAAAGGCGACCAGUACAACCACAAUUUGCCAAAAGUGCGCGUAGCGUGGAAAGACUCACUAGUGAAGUCGAAAAAUGAAAACAGUGUGGAAAUUGUUGCACGACAGAUACCAACUCUGAAAACAACGAACAGACAGACGUCAACUGGACGUGGGGGUAGAGGUACCAUGGGAAGAUCUUCUCUGAGUGAAAAGGCAACGAUCUUGUACUCCAGACAAGAAUUAGCCGAAAGGUUGAGGCAAGCUUGGCGACAAAGGGAAGAGAACAAAUCUAACAUCGACAUAUUUUUGGCUCAUAGUACCGUUGAAGUUAGAAGUGAUUCAAGUUUAUCAGCAUCGGCUAGUCCAACCGCUUUACCACUAUCAAACCUUGAAAAAGAUGAAGAUUCGAAGGAGAGUAGGAUACAAAUGAAACAAGCCGUAACGACAAUUGAAGAUAACGGACAGGUGGAUGAGUCUCGGAAACCACAAGAGUGCCAUUUUCAACCAACCAACAAUCCCACUGAUCCCUCCACAAUCAAAUCCCACAUCGUAGCCGCAAACGAUAGAAGCAAGGAUGAAUACGAAGAAGCACCAGAAGAGGAAAGGACCGAAGUGCCGUGCCAAAAGAAAUCGUACAUCAGCAUAAACUGUAACAACUGGAAUGCAUACGUCACGAUAAACAACGGCACUUCCGACGAAACUGACAGUUCCAUUCCGAUCCUAACUAAAGAGCCGGACGCGUCUCGGGUGAGGUUCAAGCGAGCGAGUUUUCAAAGUGGCCUUAACAAGGCCUUCAACACUCCGGUCGUCGAUAAAUCACCAACGCCGCGAAUCAGCAGUCGUGCCAGCAGCAUCAAUAGCAGCAGUUCCCAGGAAUCGACGCGUUUCCGUCGCACGAACUCUGCUCCUCCGCAGCAUCAGGUGCAAAGUAACGAAGACCAAUUGUCCGCCAAUAACGAAGUCGCCGUUACUUCUGCGACCAUACAGCCGCGAUCAGUUGCAAAAAGUGCAAGUCGUCCGAUAAAAUCGGCACCAUCGGUCAAACGACGGUCGAAGCCUAGCAGGCGCCGUGCAUUGUCCGUUAAAGGUAAUAAGGACGAUUUGGCGAAUGAUGGAACAGGAAAAGCCAUUGGUAAAGGUGCGGAGGAAGCAAAGAGCGUCGAAGUGGUGACGAUGGUUUCAUUGGUCAGUUCGGCCGACAGUGAGAGCGAAAUUGAUGAAAACUCGGCCCGGGAUGACAAGCUGAUCUGUGAGCUUAGGAACAAGCUCUCGACGACACCCAUUAUUAAAUAUUCAAAUGGACUAUCUCAUGGCUUAAGGAAAUUCAAAUCAGUGUCGUUCCAGCAAGAUUCGUUAGACAGCGAAGAGUCACCGACACAGGCGAUGAACUCUGUGGAAAACGAUUCCCGAGCGUCCCUUCGUGCUCGUUUUGCCGCCCUGAGUAAAUUAAGCGCAGGCAGUGCCGAGGAAACGCCUUUGCUGGCAGCGGCGACGCUCACCCUGAGUUCCUGGAGAAGUCUGGAGCCAAGCCCGAGUCUUCGACACACGCAGUCACCGAUAAAGUUUGCUGAAAUGUCACCACCGAGCGAGACUGUCGUGCUGACGGAUCGCGAGAAACGGUGCCUGGCCGUGCCGAUCGGGGAUAUACACGACAAAAAAAGGAAACUGGUGAGGUGUCGCAGCGCCGUUGUUGAAGCACCAAAAAUUGGAGAUACCAAAAAACAUUCCUUUCCGUCGGACCCAAGCCAGACGUGCUUGUCGCAGAUCGACUCGAGACAGCUCAGCGCUGCGAUGCAAGAGAAUUUACCUCCUAAGACAGCAACAAGCACGGCUAUGAAUUCGAUGAUGGCACCGUUAGAAUCACCUUCGGAAAAAGACAAGGACUUAACACAGGAGCCUUACGGACAGACGCAAAAAGAAAAAGAGUGCUGGCAUUUGUAUAAAAAAAUGUGUGAUAAGGGAGUUUUCGUGUCUUUUGAUACUGUUUUGAGAGGUAUGCUUACUCCAACAGAGUAUCGACUACGCCAAAAGGGAAUCAGCCAAAGUUGUUGA